AUGCUCAUUCAACGCCGGCCGUUGAGCUCGACGCCACUUCUUGGGAAGCGGAAGAGGGCGGAUGAGCCUCACCCAUAUCUGUCCGGCAACUUUGCACCUGUAUCACGGACACGGCCUUUGACGCCUUGCACAUAUUCUGGAGAGAUCCCAGAAGAGCUUCACGGAGGUGAAUAUGUGAGGAAUGGAGGGUCGCCAGUCUCUAAUCAAGAUCUUGGAAGAGAUGCUCACUGGUUCGAUGGCGACGGGAUGAUCUCUGGAGUGCUGUUUGCCAAAACCCCGAAUGGUGUCAGACCCGAAUUUGUUAACCAGUACGUCUUGACCGAUGUAUACCUCUCAACAGUCUCGUCACCUUCAUUACGAAAACCCAUCCUCCCCAGCAUCGCCACUUUGGUCAACCCAGUGGCGACCUUCAUCAGCAUAACAUUGCACAUCUGCCGAACCCUACUCUUGGUAUUAUUAUCACACUUGCCAGGAUCGCGUCAAGCAAUCAAGAGGAUCUCGGUUGCUAAUACGUCUGUGCUCUUCCAUGACGGUCGAGCUUUGGCAACAUGCGAAUCUGGGCCUCCAAUGCGCAUACGCUUACCAGAUCUCAAGACCGUUGGCUGGUACAACGGCAAGACGGCAGAAGGUGAAGCUGGCGGCGAGGACGGCGCCGGCUUCGGCGGAGAUGGCAUGCUGGGCUUUUUGAAAGAGUUCACUACCGCACAUCCCAAAGUCGAUCCAAGAACGGGCGAGAUGAUUCUCUUUCACUCCACCUUCGCACCGCCUUAUGUGCAUUACUCGAUCGUUCCCGCAACGCAUCCACCAGCAAUACCGGUGACACCGCUGGAAAGGCCAUUGCGUCUGCUGAACGCCAAGGUGCCAGGUAUCAGCUCGGCAAAAAUGAUGCAUGAUUUUGGUGUUGGUCAAUAUUCAACGGUCAUUAUGGAUCUACCAUUGACUCUGGAUCCAAUGAAUAUGAUGAGGAACAAGCCAGUCGUGGCAUAUGAUUCAUCGACCAACUCACGUUUUGGCGUGUUCCCACGUCAUACGCCCGAGCAAGUGCGGUGGUUUGAGGCUAAAGCUUGCUGCAUAUUCCACACAGCCAACACCUGGGAAGACACAUCUUUCGACAGAUCAACUGGUCAGAUGAAAAUCAACACGGUCAACAUGCUGGCAUGUCGAUUGAUGUCUGCUUCUUUGGUCUUCGCAGCCGGCAACCUUCCCAUCCCGGAACCCGUAACAGGCCUUGACAUGGAGGAGGAACAGUGCCGGCUCUAUUAUUACCAGUUCGACAUGACUUCACUCAGCAACGAGAUCACUCACCAAUUCGCCUUGGCUACCAUCAAUUUCGAAUUUCCAAGUACUCGAGAUGAUCGAGCUAUGACCGAGUGCAGAUAUGUCUACGGUUGCUCGACAUCUGCCGGAGGAUUUGGUGCGGCUCUGGGCAAGGCUGCAAAGAUUGAUUGUCUCGCCAAAAUCGACGCCAGAGAAUUGAUCAGACGGGGCAAGAAAGAUCCAAGUCUAACACCCAUCACUGGCCGCGUCGACAACAGAUCCAUGCAGGAGAUUCUGGAUUCCGCAGACCCCGAUGAUCCAAUAAAGAUCUUUCGUCUGCCCUACGGUUGUUUUGCGCAGGAGCCGCGGUUCGUUCCGAGAGCAGGUUCAACAACGGAGGAUGAUGGUUGGCUCUUGACGUACGUCUUUGAUGAGGCCCAGCUCGAUGAAAAUGGUGUUUGCUUUCCAGAUGCCAAGAGUGAACUCUGGAUUAUUGACGCCCGAGAUAUGAAAACUGUGGUAGGCCGGGUUUUUUUGCCACAAAGAGUACCGUAUGGCUUGCAUGGUGUCUGGUGCAGCGAGGCCCAGAUCUCGAGUCAGCGUCCACACGAAACCAUUCGAAGCAUUCACGAGCAGGGACGCAUAGAUAAGGGCGUUUGGUCGAGCACUAGGAAUUGGCUUGAACAUAAGCUUGGCUGA